AUGUCCCGACCGCAGCUCUUCGUUCCCCAGCCGGGACAACCAGGAUCGUCCAAUUCGCUGCCUUCGGGAUGGCAGUCCGUUCCGCAAGGCCCUCCUGGACCGUUUGAUCAAUUCAGUGGACCACCAGGAUACCGUCCACCGGCUGGCGGAGCAGGGAUGCAGCAGCAGCAGCAGCAGCAGCAGCCGGGAUUCGGCUUCGGUCCGCCACAGGGGCCUCCCGGCGGAAUCGGCGGAUUCGGAUUCGGGGGGCCUGCGCCUGGCGGAGGACCCAUGGGUCCGCCGGGAAUGAUGGGAGGUCCGGGGGGAGGAGGAGCGGAUGGGGGUCAUAACCCGCUAAACGACAUGCUCGCGGGGGCUGGGUCGGGGUUCAUUCGGUCGGGCCUGGGUGCUUAUGGCGAGCGGCUACUAGGAAGCAGUCGCGCCUACGUUCAAAACAACGUGGGCAAGUACUUCGCAUCCACUGACUUCCACUACUACUUCCAUGUCAAUGAUGCCUACGUGCGCAACAAACUCAAAAUCAUCGUCUUCCCGUUCCUACACAAGGGCCACUGGACGCGGGUGGCGGAGCAGGUGGCAGGGGGGCUGACCUACAAGCCGCCAUGCAAUGACAUCAACGCCCCGGACCUUUACAUCCCCGCCAUGGCCUUCGCCACCUAUGUCGUGCUUGCCGGACUCUCUGCUGGCCUACUGGGCAGGUUUGCGCCUGCAUUUGUGAAUGCGCGUGUUGGCAAGGGAUUAAUCGGGUGGUUUUUGGAGGUGCUGCUGCUUCGGACGAUACUCUACUCGUUGGCAUCAGGCGAUGCGCCGUUGCUCGAUCUCGUGGCGUACGCUGGCUACAUGUUUGUUGGAAUUUCCCUGACAAGCCUCUCUUGGGUCGUCUGGCGGAUGGCCUACUUUCCGGUUUUGAUCUGGACAAGCUUGUGCAUGGCAAUGUUCCUUGUGAAGACGAUGAAGCGGGUGAUGUUUGCGGAGACCCGGCACUACGACCGGUCGGCUUGUUCUCGACCGUUCUCUAGGCUGGCAAACAUGGCUGACGACGAGGACGAGCAGCUGCAACGGGCCUUUCGCAUGAGCUUAACGAGUCAUCCGCCAGCAGACGGCUCUCCGCGAAACCCUCAGACCAGCAGCAGCGGUAUCAAUUCCCAAUCCACCAGCGGAUUGAAUGUCAGUCCUGACCCUUGUCCGCCAUCCGCGAAGCGCAGCAAAUCCGAGGAUGAGGGAUCGGAUCCCGGACAAGCGGGAGGUGGCUAUAGCGGGGGUUCUUAUAGCGGUCGCGUGGCAUCGAGACCGGAGUCGGCGGAGGAGCGAGAGAGGCGGAUACAGCGGGAGAUUCGAGCAGCAGCCGCAGAACGAAGAAUGGCUGCUUUAGGAAAGCCCAGUGCAGAAUCGGCCAAAAUCGGAUCAACCAAUAUCGGAUCAGCCGUCGCCUCUUCGGGAGCUCCAGCUCUUGCCACGUCGAGCCGUCCUCAGAGCACUACUGUCAGGCCCGAUCCACGUGUAGAUAAGGCUCCCACGACCGCCUCUGCUCCUGCCAAUCCCAUUCCGCCACGUGUCCAUGACAUUGACAUGGCGGAUCAGGCAUGCGAUUCGCUGGCAGAGCAGACUAGCGGGAAGGCGUCAGUAGAAGGCAAGGCAGGAGACGGGUUGGCGGAGUUGCCAUUGGACGACGCGUUUCGGCUGUUCGACAUGGUGUUUGGGCGGUCCCCGCCUGCUGCUACCCUCUCGCAGUGGUCCCGACAGGGCUUCAGGUUUAGUGACGACCCGGCGACUUCGUUAGGGCUAGUGCAGAGGGAGGGGGGGCCGUGCGGGGUGCUGGCGCCAGUGCAGGCGCUGCUGCUCAAAUACCUCCUCUUCCCCCCCAUGCCCGCGCACCCCGCGGAUUCCUGCCCGCCUUCCGCGUCCGCCGCCCUUGCUGCCGGUGGUGCUGCUUCUGGGGGGGCGAGCGCUGGGCAGCAGGGGGGGCAGGCAGGGGAGGGGAGGAAGGCGGACGAGGGAGGAUGGGAAGAGGAUGAUAUGAGGGCACUGGUGUUGGCAAUGGCAGAGUCGUUAUGGGUGCCAAGCAGAGGGCAGAGAGUUGUCAUUGCUGCCGUAUCACCACACAGGCUGGCUGCUUUGGCUACUUCAGCCUCUCAACAACCACUGACCAGCCCAAUCAGCGAUGUGAAAUCACUUCAAGGAGCAGUCAGAGUGCGACACCUGGCGGGGGCGUCGCAUGCUGACGUGGCGAAGGCGCUUCACCGGCUGUUUCCAGUCUUUGAGAGCGACUUUGGCGCACUGCUGCUACUCUUCUCAGCGCUGCUCUCCAGAGGACUUGAGCGAGUUCAAGAGGACAGGGACGACCCAGAGCCACCGCUUGUCACACGCCCGUUCGGCCAUGCCUCACAGGAGAUUGUGAACCUUCUGCUGUGUGGUGAGGCAGUGGCGAACGUAUUUGAUGGUACCAUGGACUUGGGAGGAGGCAUGGCGCUUAAAGGCAUUCCCUCAGAGGCCCAGGUGGGCUUCCUCACACUCCUGGAGUCCCUCAACCUCUGCAAGGUCGGGCAGCGACUAAAACAUCCCAAGCUGCCCAUCUGGGUGGUGGGCAGCGAAUCGCACUACACCGUGCUCUUUGCGCUUUCGACUGAAGUACAGGAGGAGAAUGAUGCGGAAGCAGAGGAGUCGCGGGUCAGAGAGGUGUUUGACCGCUUUGAUACCAGCGGGGGAGGGGGGUUUGUUGCUGUGGAGUCACUUCAACCAAUGCUGGCUGAGCUGAGGGUAAAUUUCCCUCCGGAAACAAUAGACUCGCUUUCGGCGUUGGGGGUAAUUGUGUGGAACGAGCUGUGGCAGGCUCUGCUGAAGCUGGACCGAUCCCAGGGAGGGUUCAAGAGAGAGGGGUCGAGUGGGGGACGACCUGCCAGCAGGAAAUUUGACUUGUAUCACUUCAAUGGGAUUGCAAAGCGCGUGCAGACAGGAAGCAGCACUGCAGCAGCAGCAGCAGGAGUUUCUGGGGGAAAUGGAGCAGGGGACAUGUCGUAUGGAGGUUUGGAUGUGCCACAGCGUGUGCUAUCACUGCCGUUGACUGCAAUGGAUCAACGGCCGAGAUUAGUCCGGCUCCAUGUGACCGUGCCGCCCAAAUGGUCCCCGGAGGAUCUGAUGAUGAUACCAAGGCCGGAGGGCAGUGGGGCGGAUGAUAUUCCUCCCGAGGUGGUGGCAGACUCGUUUGACUCGAGUGUGAAUCCGAUGCAGCGCGCUUCGCGUGAAGCUCCCCUCGUGGAUUGUAUCCGCACUCGGUGGCAGCGAGCGUCAUGCACAUGGGUAGGGGACGCACCAUCUAUUGUGUAG